AUGGGACGAACCUUGACCUACCCUAAGAAGGUUUCCAACACUGCCAAUCGUUACAAGCAUCGAGCCACAUAUGACCUGGGUCCAAUCCAUUCAAUCAUCAAUGACUCCCAAGUCCUCCAUGUAUCCUUCAACCCAGGACCCGAUGAUCCAUUCCCCGCAAUCCUCCCAAUGAUAGGACAAAUGGGAUCAUUCGAGUUUCCCUCCGCGAGCAUCAACGAGCCUCUGGACUCGCGCAUUAUAAACCUAGCCCGUAACUGCAGCGAUGGUGAGGGACUCCCCAUCUGCGUGGCAACGAGCAAAAUAGACGGGCUGAUCCUGUCACUCACGCCAAACUCGCACAGCUACAACUACCGUUCGGCCAUCCUACAUGGCUACGCGACCCUUGUCACAGAUGAGGAAGAAAAGCUCUGGGCUAUGAAAUUGAUCACGAACUCUGUUCUCGCGGACCGGUGGGAUCACUCGCGUGUGCCGCCAGACCGUGCUGAGAUGCAGUCGACUGUCAUCCUGAAGGUAAAGAUCGAGGAUGGUAGUGGCAAAAUUCGUGAUGGUGGUGUUUCGGAUGAGCGUAAGGACUCGGGUAACGAGCAGGUCACUUCCAGUGUCUGGACUGGUGUUGUUCCGGUCUGGGAAACGUUUGGAACCCCGAUUCCAAGCGGUGAUAGUAAGGUCGCUGAAGUGCCUGAGUAUAUUAAUUCGUACAUCGCUAGCAAGAACAGGCAGAACAGAGCUCUUGCGGAGGAUGCAGUGAAGGUGAAGCUGCCGGCUGAGGAGCAGCACUGA